CUGCAAAACAAACACACCUUUCACUUAACCCACACAGAUUUGAACGUGUUGUUUGCUGCUUCUGCAUUUUUAUCAAAUUUUAUAGCUAUGAGUCUCUCUGUUUCUUCAAGCAAAUCCCUCUCUGUUUAUUUCCUUUUCAAUCUUCAUCUCCAAGCUUGCAAACUCCUCUGUUUUUUUUUUCUCUUGUUCACUCCCAUUUAGCCUCCUUUCUAAGUAAACUCCUCAACUACUACUUCUACGACAUCCCAACCAUUCACUUCUCAUAAAUACUUCCUUUUCUUUCCCUUUUGGACGGACCCAUUGCACCCUUUUCGAUUAUUAUUCCAGAAUUCUGUUUGAGGGCACAAAAUAUGAGGGUAUCCAUGUGGUUUUUGGUUCUGCUGCUUGUUUUUGGCUUUAAUGACAGGAGUUUUGCUCAUCAGAGGCCUCGCACGGAGCGGAUUUCAGGAAGUGCUGGUGAUGUUUUGGAAGAUGAUCCAGUGGGAAGGUUGAAAGUUUAUGUAUAUGAGCUUCCUAGCAAAUACAACAAGAAAUUGCUACAGAAAGAUCCAAGAUGUCUCACCUAUAUGUUUGCUGCAGAGAUCUUCAUUCAUAGGUUUCUUUUAUCCAGCGCAGUUCGAACCCUUAAUCCUGAUGAAGCGGAUUGGUUUUACACUCCAAUAUAUACCACUUGUGAUCUUACACCUACGGGCAUGCCAUUGCCCUUCAAAUCUCCACGGAUGAUGAGAAGUGCAAUACAGCUUAUCUCUACCAAUUGGCCUUACUGGAAUCGCACAGAAGGGGCUGAUCAUUUCUUUGUUGUGCCCCAUGACUUUGGAGCCUGCUUUCAUUAUCAGGAAGAGAAAGCCAUUAAACGGGGAAUUCUUCCAUUACUCCAACGUGCUACUUUGGUUCAAACGUUUGGACAGCGGAAUCAUGUAUGCUUGAAUGAGGGUUCAAUCACAAUUCCUCCAUAUGCUCCCCCCCAAAAAAUGCAGGCCCGCCAGAUUCCCCCAGAGACUCCGCGUUCCAUUUUUGUCUACUUCCGUGGCUUGUUUUAUGAUGUAAAUAAUGAUCCAGAAGGUGGAUACUAUGCAAGAGGAGCAAGAGCAGCUGUUUGGGAGAAUUUUAAGAACAAUCCUCUCUUUGACAUCUCAACUGAACAUCCAACCACAUAUUAUGAAGACAUGCAACGAGCUAUAUUCUGCUUAUGCCCACUUGGCUGGGCACCAUGGAGUCCAAGAUUGGUUGAAGCAGUGGUGUUUGGCUGCAUUCCAGUGAUCAUAGCAGAUGACAUCGUUUUACCCUUUGCAGAUGCUAUCCCAUGGGAGCAAAUUGGAGUAUUUGUAGCAGAAGAAGAUGUCCCUAACUUGGAUAUGAUCCUAACAUCGAUACCAACAGAAGAGAUCUUGAGAAAGCAGAGGCUUCUUGCAAAUCCUUCAAUGAAACGAGCAAUGUUAUUCCCACAACCUGCACAAUCUGGAGAUGCUUUCCACCAAAUAUUAAAUGGGCUUGCUCGCAAAUUGCCCCAUGACGAGAAGAUUUUCCUGAAGCCUGGUGAAAAGGUUUUGAAUUGGACGGCUGGACCUGUAGGGGACUUGAAACCUUGGUAACUGGCUGUGGGAAUGUUGUUGUGGCGGCAUAUCUGCUGUUUCUGGAAAUACGUUUAGAGAAAGGUUUCGGCCUAUACCAAAAUUUGUAAACUUCUCUUUGAAAUUUUGUUCCUGUAGAGAUGCUCAACUUCUUAUUUUGUACAUCUGAAUUUCCAUAUUAUAAAUAGUUCGUGCACUUGCACGGUAUACCUUC